UUCACUGUUUACAUGACGUGGUGGCGGUGGUUGGACGGUAACUGAUACGGGUUGCCGGUGCUGAAGUCAACGAAACUGCACCUUAUCACAGCGAAAUUGAUAUUCUCAUCGUUCUCUGUGCGCGAAACGCUCACGAUGUUGCAGUCGAUAUUCGACGAUGUCCGGCGUAUGAAUAAACGCCAGUUCUUGUAUCAAGUGCUGAGCUUUGGCAUGAUAGUCUCCUCAGCAUUGAUGAUAUGGAAGGGUCUGAUGGUCAUCACUGGCAGCGAGAGCCCUAUCGUGGUGGUGUUAAGUGGUAGCAUGGAGCCAGCAUUUCACAGAGGCGACUUGCUCUUCCUUACCAAUUAUGAAAACGAACCAGUGAGAGUAGGUGAAAUUGUAGUUUUCAAAGUCGAGGGACGGGACAUACCUAUUGUGCACAGAGUAAUUAAGCUUCAUGAAAAGGGUGAUCAGAAUAAUACGGUCAAGUUUCUUACAAAGGGCGACAACAAUUCCGUGGACGACAGAGGCUUAUACGCGCCUGGUCAGCUAUGGUUAACGCACAAGGAUGUCGUUGGCCGGGCGAGAGGCUUCCUACCGUACGUCGGCAUGGUUACUAUAUAUAUGAACGAGUACCCUAAAUUUAAGUAUGCAGUGUUAGCAUGUCUUGGUCUGUAUGUUUUGGUACACAGAGAAUAAUAAUAAUAAUAAUAAUAAUAAUAAAGUUGAAACGUUGUUGCGACAAAUUCGGUCACUGCAGUUUCAGAGAAUACUCGUGGUUUGAAAAUUACACAACUGUUUAGAUACGCAUAUAUCCAUAUGUAUGUACGUAUGUGUGUGUUGUGUGUGUACACAACACAUUUCGCUGAAUCUCAUUCCUAAGACGAAGCGUGGAAGGUUCAGGUCGAAACGCAUUUCUUUGUACAUAUUUCAGUAUUAGAAUUUCAUUACGUUAUAAUACGUUAUUUCUUCGAAGUCCGACCACACUCGUCCAUUUGCAUUAGCAAUUGCAAGUACCAUUGUCAGACGUCGUAAAUGUAUUUAAGAAAGUAUCCGCGUAUUCUUAAAAGAUUGUCUACAAUACGCGGAGUAAGCUUGGCGUAAGAAAGAGAGAGAGAGUGAGAAAUAAAAUUAAUACAUUUCGCUUACGUUUACUCCAACUCCUAUACAUUGGAAAUAUUUAUCUUACGUGAGAGAAAUAUUUUUAGUGUAAGGAGGCUAGAAUAUAGACGUAAGUAGAAUAAAUUAUUUUUAUUCCUUCAACUUACGCCAAGCUUACUCCGCGUAUUGUAGACGAGCCUUUAGACGUUCACUUUGGACGUUGUUACUCCUAGUUGCACAUCACAUUCAUAAAACUUCUAUCAUACAUGAAACGAGUCUCUCACGAUUGCCGCGUGGCAAACUUGUAAGUGGUCAAGCGCGCGACCACCGUGAUAAGGAUUAAUGAAAUCCUUCUCACGGACAUGUUCGUGAUCGUAGCGCUUGAACAAUAGAUAGAUAGAUGAUCGUUAAGUCUUCUUUACUUCGAUAAAGAGAAAGUGUACAAUCUUUCGAAUGUAUGAGACUUAAUUACACGCAAAACUGAUCAAUGUUAUUAUGAAAUCACGAAGAUGGGGAAGUUCAUUGAAAAAGAAUGAAGUGUCAUAAGUUAUCUGAGAUUUUACGGGAGACCCAUGUGAUACGCGUGAUUCUAUGCGCCCUCGGGACAAAAAUUUGUACGUCGAUCGUUUCUAAUGAGGCGCACUGUAACUACUUCUAUCUCACGUGUGAAAUAAAUGUGUAAUGUUUAAA